AUGGCGCCCACCGACCACGAUCCCCUCCUUGUCCUUCGGCAGUCCAUCUCGAGCAGCCAGCCCUUCAUCCCGACCGCGUCUGCCGAUGCAGCGGCGCCCGAAGUCCCUCUCUCCAAGGCCACGCACCUGCAGUUCACAGGGCUCUCCCUCCCCUUGCCGAUAGACUCGCCCACGCGCUUCAUCUCGAGCGACAAGCCCGUCGACCUGCGCAGUAUCUACUUUGCCUGGCUCAACCGUGAGCUUGCCAUUCCGGAAUACAAUGCCUCGGCGACAACACUCAACGACGACCUCGCCGCCAACGGGUCGAGCGGCAAGGUGCAGAAUCUGGGCUUCAUCGAGAGGCUAGAUCUGAUUACUUGGCUGGAAGGUGCCAGUGAAGAAAGCGAGUACAUCAAGCCCUUGGCCGGUGAUGCGAGCGCGGCGGCUGCUGGAGCGGCUCCGUCCUCAAAGACUGGUGCUGCGGCCUUGGCUGCGCAGGCGAGGUCCGGCAAGGGGACAAUUGACCCGCGGCUGGCGAGCGUGUACGAUGGCGAGCGCCGGAUGGGCGACCGGAACACGGUCCUGAGGGGCAUCAAACCCACGGAUUUUUCUCACGUCCGAAAACUCGCCAUUCCCUUUAUUCAAAAGAAGUCACAGUCCUCUUCCGCUAUUGGCUCAACGCAGUCGCUCUCCAUCAACCAAAAGGGCCCUUCCCGACGCCCUGACCCCAUCAUCCUGCUUUCUCCAUCCGCCUCGUCUCUACUGCGCAUGUCCAAUGCCCGAUCCUUCCUCGAGGACGGCAAGUUUGUGCCUCCUGAUGCCGGAGCGUCCACCGCCUCGAUGCUUCACGUCCAGCGCAUCAUUCCCGGCAUCGACCCCAACCGACCUAUGCGCUUCAUCCUUGUCGAGGGGUCGGAGCAGUUCAAGCCCGAAUACUGGAACCGCAUCGUUGCGGUGUUUACAACAGGCCAGACGUGGCAGUUCAAGAAUUACAAGUGGAGCAGCCCCAACGAGCUGUUCAAGCACACCAUGGGCGUGUUCGUCGGAUGGAGAGGCGACCUGCCGCCGGAUAAUAUCCGCGGCUGGGGCCAUCGUGUCAUGAGCACCAGUGUAGACCGCUGGCGAGGCGAAGACGACGUUGCCUCGCGGUUUAGAGAUAAGGAGGUUGUGGAGUAUAUUUGGAAGUCUAUUGAGAUGAACAUGCGGAGCAAGGGAUGGAGGAAAGACGCUGCCCCAGCGUCCAUAUAA